AUGGCCGAGCGCGGGGGCCCGCUGGAGGCGGCGCCGCUGCCCGCCGAGGUGCGGGAGAGCCUGGCCGAGCUGGAGCUGGAGCUGUCGGAAGGUGACAUCACUCAAAAAGGAUAUGAAAAGAAAAGGGCAAAGCUGCUUGCUCGUUAUGUACCGCUUGUUCCAGGAGUAAACCUGUCUCUGCCAGCAGAGAAUAAGAUCCCUGGGCCUUCACAAACCACGGCUGUGCCCAAACAGAAGUCUCGGCCCACCACCUCCCGCGAUGAGCGCUUCCGCUCAGAUGUCCACACUGAGGCUGUGCAGGCAGCUCUGGCCAAAUACAAAGAGAGGAAGAUGCCUAUGCCCUCAAAGAGACGCUCCGUUCUUGCUCACUCGUCGGUGGGAGCCUACACCCCUCCAGACACGUCAUCUGCCUCAGAAGAUGAGGGCUCUUUACGGCGACCCGGGCGACUUGCCUCCACUCCGCUCCAGAGCCAUCCCAGCGUCGAGCCCUGGCUCGACCGGGUCAUUCAGGGCUCGUCCACCUCAUCCUCCGCAUCCUCCACCUCAUCUCACCUGGGAGCGAGACCUGCCGCUGCUCCCAGCACUGCUGCCGCCACCGCGCUCGCAGGCCUGGUGGCCCACACCCACAUAGAUCUGCAGUCUGCCCCUCCUGAUGUCACCACAGGCCUCGUGGAGCAUGUGCACUAUGAGCGUCCACAAGUGGCUUCUGUGAGAGGCACUCCGCGGGGGUGCAGCACGAGCGUCCUGGAGACAGCAGAUGGUGUCCCUGUGAACAGCAGAGUGUCCUCCAAAAUCCAGCAGCUUCUAAACACCUUGAAAAGGCCAAAGCGCCCUCCACUGAAGGAGUUCUUCGUGGAUGAUUUUGAGGAGUUGUUGGAAGUUCAGCAGCCAGAUCCAAAUCAGCCCAAGCCUGAGGGGGAUCAGAUGGUGGUGCUGAAAGGGGAGCCUCUGUCUGUGGGCGCUCCUUGGCCCCCAUCCCUGCUGGCCGCCCUGCAGCACUGGGGAACAACACAGCCCAAAGCCCCCUGUCUGACUGCUUUGGAUACGGCGGGGAAGGCCAUCUGCACCCUCACCUAUGGCAAACUUUGGAGUCGGAGUUUAAAACUAGCUUAUACUCUACUUAAUAAGCUGACUAGUAAGAAUGAACCACUCCUUAAACCUGGAGACAGAGUGGCACUUGUGUUUCCAAAUAGUGACCCCGUGAUGUUCAUGGUUGCAUUUUACGGCUGUCUCCUGGCAGAGCUGGUUCCUGUGCCCAUAGAAGUGCCGUUAACAAGAAAGGAUGCAGGCAGCCAGCAGGUUGGGUUUCUGCUGGGCAGCUGUGGGGUCACCCUGGCCCUGACUACAGAUGCUUGUCAGAAAGGCCUGCCCAAGGCACAGACUGGAGAGGUGGCAGCUUUCAAAGGUUGGCCCCCCCUUGCCUGGCUGGUGAUUGAUGGGAAGCAUCUGGUCAAGCCCCCCAAGGACUGGCAUCCUGUGGCCCUGGAUGCAGGGACUGGGACUGCCUACAUCGAGUAUAAGACCAGCAAAGAAGGAAGCACCGUGGGGAUCACAGUGUCCCAUGCAUCCCUGCUGGCACAUUGUCGGGCCCUGACCCAGGCCUGUGGAUACUCAGAAGCAGAGACAUUGACCAAUGUGCUGGAUUUCAAAAGGGAUGCUGGGCUGUGGCACGGAGUGCUGACGAGCGUCAUGAACAGGAUGCACGUGGUCAGCAUCCCGUACGCACUCAUGAAGGUCAACCCACUCUCCUGGAUUCAGAAAGUGUGCUCCUAUAAAGCCCAGGCUGCCUUGGUGAAGUCCCGAGACAUGCACUGGUCUCUCCUGGCUCAGCGAGGUCAGAGGGACGUCAGCCUCAGCUCUCUGCGCAUGCUGAUUGUGGCCGAUGGCGCCAACCCCUGGUCCAUAUCCUCCUGCGAUGCCUUCCUCAAUGUCUUCCAGUCCAGGGGUCUGAGGCCGGAGGUCAUCUGUCCCUGUGCCAGUUCUUCCGAGGCACUAACGGUCGCCAUCCGCAGGCCGCCUGAUCUGGGAGGACCUCCUGCACGGAAGGCUGUCCUGUCCAUGAGCGGUCUGAGUUACGGGGUGAUCAGGGUUGACACAGAAGAAAAGCUGUCAGUCCUUACUGUGCAGGACGUCGGUCAGGUGAUGCCUGGAGCUAGCGUGUGUGUCGUGAAGGUGGAAGGGACCCCUUAUCUUUGCAAAACGGACGAAGUUGGAGAGAUCUGUGUCGACUCCAGUGCAACGGGUACUGCAUACUAUGGAUUGCUCGGGAUCACGAAGACUGCGUUUGAGACCGUGCCCAUCACUGCAGGAGGAGUCCCUGUCUCUGACCGGCCUUUCACCAGGACGGGUCUGCUGGGCUUCAUCGGGCCUGACAGCCUGGUGUUCGUCGUGGGCAAGCUGGAUGGGCUGAUGGUGGUUGGAGUUCGCAGGCAUAAUGCAGACGACGUCGUGGCGACUGCCCUGGCUGUGGAGCCCAUGAAGUUUGUCUACAGAGGCAGGAUUGCUGUGUUCUCGGUGACCGUGCUGCACGAUGACCGCAUCGUCCUGGUGGCCGAGCAGCGGCCUGAUGCCUCUGAGGAGGACAGCUUCCAGUGGAUGAGCCGCGUGCUACAGGCCAUUGACAGCAUCCACCAGGUGGGCGUGUACUGCCUGGCCCUGGUUCCUGCCAACACCUUGCCCAAGGCGCCUCUUGGAGGGAUUCACAUUUCCGAAACCAAGCAGCGCUUUCUGGAGGGGACACUGCACCCAUGCAAUGUUCUGAUGUGCCCUCACACCUGUGUCACCAACCUUCCCAAACCUCGUCAAAAACAACCAGAGGUUGGACCCGCCUCCAUGAUCGUUGGGAACCUGGUCGCAGGGAAGAGAAUCGCCCAGGCCUCUGGGAGAGAGCUGUCCCACCUGGAAGACAGCGACCAGGCACGGAAGUUCCUGUUCCUGGCUGACGUGUUGCAGUGGCGGGCCCACACCACACCAGACCACCCACUGUUUCUGCUACUGAAUGCCAAGGGCACGGUCACUAGCACAGCAACCUGUGUCCAGCUGCACAAGCGGGCUGAGAGGGUGGCUGCCGCCCUGAUGGAGAAGGGAAGGCUGCGUGUUGGGGACCACGUGGCUCUGGUCUACCCCCCAGGGGUGGACCUCAUCGCUGCCUUCUAUGGGUGCCUCUACUGCGGAUGCGUGCCGGUCACCGUGCGACCCCCACACCCCCAGAACCUCGGCACCACACUUCCCACUGUCAGAAUGAUCGUGGAGGUCAGCAAGUCUGCGUGCGUCCUCACCACGCAGGCCAUCACACGGCUGCUUAGGUCCAAGGAAGCUGCCGCUGCCAUGGACAUCAGAACCUGGCCAACCAUUCUGGACACAGAUGACAUGCCGAAGAAGAAGGUAGCUAGCAUUUUCAGACCCCCUUCCCCAGACGUGCUCGCGUAUUUGGACUUCAGUGUGUCGACCACUGGGAUAUUAGCGGGAGUGAAGAUGUCACAUGCAGCCACCAGUGCCUUGUGCCGCUCCAUAAAGCUGCAGUGCGAGCUGUACCCCUCACGGCAGAUUGCCAUCUGCCUCGACCCCUACUGCGGACUGGGCUUUGCCCUGUGGUGCCUGUGCAGUGUCUACUCAGGACACCAGUCAGUGCUUGUCCCCCCGCUGGAGCUGGAGAGCAACGUGUCCCUGUGGCUGUCGGCCGUCAGCCAGUACAAGGCGCGUGUCACCUUCUGCUCCUACUCGGUGAUGGAGAUGUGCACCAAGGGGCUGGGUGCACAGACAGCUGUGCUCAGGAUGAAGGGCGUGAAUCUGUCGUGCGUUCGCACCUGCAUGGUGGUGGCAGAGGAGCGGCCCCGUGUGGCAUUGACACAGUCCUUCUCCAAGCUCUUCAAGGACCUGGGGCUACCUGCGCGCGCCGUGAGCACCACGUUCGGGUGCAGGGUCAACGUGGCCAUCUGCCUGCAGGGCACAGCUGGCCCAGACCCUACAACCGUGUAUGUGGACAUGCGGGCUCUGCGCCAUGACAGAGUACGUUUGGUGGAACGGGGUUCUCCACAUAGCCUGCCACUGAUGGAAUCUGGAAAGAUCCUCCCUGGAGUGAAAGUCAUCAUUGCACACACCGAGACCAAAGGGCCCCUCGGGGACUCGCACCUGGGAGAGAUCUGGGUGAGCAGCCCCCACAAUGCCACCGGGUACUACACCGUCUAUGGGGAGGAGGCCCUCCAUGCCGACCACUUCAGUGCCCGGCUGAGCUUUGGAGACAGCCAGACCAUUUGGGCACGGACUGGCUACCUUGGCUUCCUUCGGAGAACGGAGCUCACUGAUGCCAGUGGAGAGCCACACGAUGCGCUGUAUGUGGUUGGGUCUCUGGAUGAAACGCUGGAGCUGAGAGGUAUGCGCUACCACCCCAUCGACAUUGAGACAUCUGUGAUCCGAGCACACAGGAGCAUCGCCGAGUGUGCCGUGUUCACCUGGACCAACCUGCUGGUGGUGGUGGUGGAGCUGGACGGCCUGGAGCAGGAUGCGCUGGACCUGGUGGCACUGGUGACCAAUGUGGUGCUGGAGGAGCACUACCUGGUGGUGGGUGUGGUGGUCCUUGUGGACCCGGGCGUGAUCCCCAUCAACUCUCGUGGCGAGAAGCAGCGCAUGCACCUGCGGGAUGGCUUCCUGGCCGACCAGCUGGACCCGAUCUACGUGGCCUACAACAUGUGAACAUGGUGUGCCUGCCCAGCUGCCCAGUGAGCGUGCUGGGAGUCACGUGCAGGGGGGGCACUGAAGAGCUGCCACGGGGAGGAGGGGCCCAGUCUUCACAGCAGCCUACACAUCCCCCUCAACACUUCCCACUCUCAGUUUAGAAGCACUGAAUUACUUCAAGAAAUGUACUGGAAAGCAGAUGCCCAUAUUGUAACAGAUAGUGACUAGGAAAGGCCUAGUGUGGAGAAAGAGAGGCUAGGAAAGGCCUGGUGUGGAUCAUGAGAGUCGCAGACACUGCAGCUGUUCUCUGCUGUACUGCAAGUUUGCACUUUUAGGCUCAAAAUCUAGUUCCUGAUUGUUAAAAUUUGAUGACUUAUGCCCACUUUAAGUGACAAGGUCAUGUAAAGAGUUUAUCCUGGAGAGAACUCUAAGGCUCCCCCCCUACCCCGCCCAGCAAUGCUCAAAGAAAGGGAGUGUGCCCGCACCAUGGCCACGCAGCACUUGCUCUGCUGGUUUCUUUCUUGAAACCCGAGUGCCCAGUUGUCUGGUUGUUGUUGUUGCUAACACUUAGAAAGAUAAACCAGCAUUCAGUUUGAUCACUUUCCAGGCUUGUAACUUCACACGAGUUAAAGUGCUGGUUUUCAUAACGUUAUUAUAUUCUUUUCAUAUGAAUUAUUUCAUUACAAGUCAACAGACUGGGAAGCAGUGGUGGCAAAGUCUAAAGCUUUGUGUCCAUGGUGCUGUCCAGUGAGUGUCCUGCAUACAGUCAAAGUGUGGUGUGAUGGCCGUGACCUUCCUCAAAGGUGGAGAUGGUUACACUGUCACCGGCUUUUGUGUGUUGAGUUUUAUGCCUACAAAAUUUGGCCAAACCAUUUUCAACUGACUUAAUCUGAUUAAAAUGAGUGAUCUAAUAUUGAACCUAAGUCAAAGAGGAGAAUGCAAGCUCUUUUAGAUACUUCUGAGAAUUUGAAGUCAAGCACGAACCUAGAGAUUAUUUUUAUAUAACUAAUUGAGUGUGUUAAGACCCUGCUGGGUUUUUGUGGGAUUAGGGUGGGCAAGUUUAUGCAUUAUGCAUGCUUCAGAAAGACAAGCAGGCUUUUCCACAUCCACAGCCUGGAUCAGUGCCUAACAAAGCUGUGUCUAGUUCUCUGCAAAGGGCCUGCUCUCCCUAACCAGAGAGGGCAGCGCACACAGCAGCCCUGUUUGCCUGUGGUGUAGCUGGUUGCACCGUACCAGAACCCUAGUCAUCCUGUCAUAGUUACAUACAGAACCUGUGUAACUUUGUGUCUGAAGUACAGAGGUCUUAGCAGGAGACUAAAGAACAUUCCUCAUGAUAGAAUGAAGGGAAGAGAACUACCUAACCCCAACCCUAAUGUAGUUUUACAGCAAAAACAAAUUUUUUGAAUUAAAAGGUCAGUGGCAGUCAAACAAGGUAUCUUGUAAAUCAAGAUUUUUAAAAUGCAUUAAAAUGUUUUAGAAUUGCUCUCUGGGAAUUCUGUAUAUCACACUAAAAAUUUUUAUAUCAUGUUAAUAAAAGUUAUUGA